AUGCAUCUUCUUUCAGCAAGAUUCGAUGGUCACAAUGCCUCUGAGGUGGUAUUCCUGCGGAAAAUCGAGGCUUUCACGCCCUCACCCAUUAAAGUUGUUAACUUUCUGUCAUUGUUAAACAAUACCAAGGCAAAACAUGAGUGGUUCUUGAUUUACCUAUUUGCUAUACAUGCUGCAAUUCAAAUUUUUUACUUUUUCAGCCAAACAGAGCACGUGUUUGUGUUUUUGCCUCUGAACAACUUGCUCUCUUUGUUUUUUCUGCUUAGGCGUAUGAGGGCAUUCAAGCGGUGGAUGAAGUCUCAGGGAUUCGAAUGGAGCGAUGCAUUGGAGUUUGUGGACACCCCAGAAGAGGGAAUAGCUGUGAGAGCUUUGUGCCAAUUGAAGGAAGGUGAUGUUGUGGCCAAGAUGCCAAAGGAAGCUUGCCUUACCAUCAAGACCAGUGGGGCACGUGAGAUCAUUGAAGAUGCUGGUUUGGAUGGUCAUUUGGGGUUAGCAUUUGCCAUCAUGUAUGAGAGAAGCUUGGGUGGUGACUCCCCCUGGGCUGGGUACCUUCAGCUUUUGCCUCACCAAGAGUGCUUGCCAUUGGUUUGGACCCUCAAUGAAGUAAACGCCCUUUUGUGUGGUACUGAGCUUCACCAGGCAGUGCAAGAAGAAAAAGCUCUUAUGUAUGAGGACUGGAAAGAGGAUAUUCUGCCCCUAUUGGAUUUGGCACCUUCAAAGCUUAAACCAAAAUUCUUUGGUAUAGAACAAUACUUUGCAGCAAAAAGUCUAAUUUCUUCGCGAUCGUUCUCGAUUGAUGAUUACCAUGGUUUUGGCAUGGUUCCCUUGGCAGAUCUGUAAGUAAAGCCUCUGGUGAUUACCAUGGUUUUCUUUACUAGUCUCGGAUUACCCCUUUAACUGCUAUUUAUUAUCAUUUAACUUUGCCUUACCCUUGUAAAUACUCAAAUCCAUAGAUGAAUUAAAAUCUUUAAG